AUGUGCUUUGCCAAGAAGCACAACAAGAAAGGCAGAAGAAGAUGCAGGCCAACAGUGCAAAGGCAGUGUGUGUACGCAGAGUCCAUCAAGGCCCUUGUGAAGCCCCGGGCCAUCAAGCCCAAGAUGCCAAAGGGCCCCAGCCGCAAACUCAGCCGCCUGGCUUUCCUCGCUCACCCCAAGCUUGGGAAGCAGAUUCGAAGCUACAUGGCCAAGGGGCACAGGCUCUGCCAACCAAAGCCCAAGGUUCAAACCAAGGCAGAGGCCACAGCUCCAGCUAAGGCUCCCAAAGGUGCCAAGGCCCCUGUGAAGGCCCCAUAG